GCGGCAGCUUUGGGCUCUGGCGCUGGACCCCAGCGCAGCAUCCUCCCCGCGCCGCUAAGGCUGCUGCACCUGGUCAGGUGACAGUCAUCAAUACUGUUUUCUUCUUUCUUCAUCAUCACAUCACCAUCAUCUCAUCAUCAUCACCACGACCACCACCAUCAUUCUCUUCCUUCAUCAGAGCCCUUCAAGUUCUGCAAGGGCAAACUGUUCAGGCAUGCCUGGUGGCAUCACAUUUUUGACAUCUCAAACUCUGGAGCUUGCCCACGCCAAGGUCGAUCUAGGCAGCCUCAUUGCUGGAGAUGACUGUCAGCUGCUUUCCCUGCGUAGCCACCAUCACAUGCCUCACCACCGGAGCCUGGGAAGCCUGACUACCAGCCAGCCUCUCCGAGGCAUGAAUAAUUAGGUAGGCAUAAUGGAAGGCACUCACUGCACCCUCCAAUUGCAGAAGCCCAUUACAGAACUCUGCUACAUCAGCUUCUAUCUUCCAAGGGGGGACAUCAGAGGAUUUUCAUACAAGGGCACUGUAACUCUAGACAAAUCCAAUAGGGGUUUUCAUAACUGCUACCAAGUCAGGGAGGGGUCAGACUUCAUCAGCCUCAGCCUGCAGCCGAACGAAUAUCCAGGAGACAUAUUUUUCAAGCAAACUCCCACGAAAGACAUUCUCGCUGAGCUCUACAAACUCACGGCAGAGAGGGAGCGACUGCUGGCCGAUCUGCUGAGCUCAGAGCACAUCCUGGGGAUUACGAUGGGGAACCAAGAGGGGAAGCUGCCGGAGCUGUCUGUGAGCAUGGCUCCCGAGGACGACUCUUUCCAGAAUGCUGGCGACUGGCACGGGGAGACCCCGGUGGGUUGUCUCAAUAAGAGAAGGGUCCAUGGGAACAAAAAGCCCCGGAGGUCUGGUGGAAGGAGAGAGAGCUUCGAGGACCUUCCCCAGAAGAGGGCAAGAAGGAAAGGGCGUGGGGGCCAGGAAGCUGCUCCUCAGACAGGCAAGGACCCCAUCUAUUCCAGUGACUCUCUCCCUCAUUCUAGAGCUAGGCCUAACCUUCGCCUCCUAGAAGAGAAGGGCACCUUGCUACCAAAUGAGGCAAGUACUUCUCCCCUCCCGAGGAGAGAGACUGCCUCCCCAGAAAGCUCCAGGACACUGGACUCUGACUCUGGCUUUGGGAACUUUGGCACGGCUUUGGAGAAAACCAGCCUUGGAAGAAGAGGGCUGUCCUCUGACUGCAGCUCUGAGGAGUCAGGAGCUGGAGGUGCUGGGGAUCUGCAGAGGGGGCCUCGCAGGCUGCUGCCUCAGCAAACUGGUUUAUCUGAAAGUCGCAAGGACCCGGAGAAGCACCCGGAGGCAGAAAAGGGCCGGAAGGGGAAGGCCACUCAGCGGACUUGCAGGAAGAAGCCUGUUUCCAAAGUGGUGGCCAGAGUCCAGGAUCUGUCCACUCAGGUGCAAAGAGUAGUUAAGACACAUCCCAAGGGUGAGGGAAGGAUUUCUGUUGGCCCCGGGACCCAGGCUGAGUUUAUCCCCAGAGCAGAACUGUUCACCCUCCCAAGAGCCGAGGCUGGAGCCCCUGGUUCCAAGCAGCAGGACAAGAAGCAGCAAGGGGACAGGCCAUCACAGGGGUCGGCCAGGGAGCAUGCGCUGGCCAGCACCCAGGGGGCUGUGAACAAGGUCCUCCGGAAGGUUAUAGAAAGCGAGAAGUUAGAUGAAGCCACUGAGGGGAAAAGAUUGGGCUUCCCUAUCAAAACAGCAGCCACACACCCCCUCCCGGACACCAGGAGCAAGAAAAGAGCAGGGCUGCCUGUCAGUGGCCACAAAACUUUGUUUCUGCAUCUGCCCCACGGUGUAGGCCCUGAUUCCUCACAACCCAGAGGUUAUGAGGAGAAGCUGUCCCCCCCAGCACUGGCAGCUCUCGGCCUGGUAUUUAAUAAUUCAUCCUCUCAGCCCACAAACAAACGGGUGUCACCUGUUCCCUCGCCUUCCUCUCCAAAGCUUCCUGGCCCUCAGCAACACCACAGGAUCCUCCGGGUCCCUCCCUUGCCUGGCGAGAGGGAAGCCAUUCUUGAUGACUCUGCUGGUAGAAAGAGUGCUACCUCCUUUGCGCACCCCCCUGCUGACACCUUGGAGUCAUCCUCAGCAAAGGUCACGGAGACCAAAGGAGCCAGCGCGGCCUCUCUCAGAGCAGGCCAACCACGGCUGGUGCCCGGGGAACUUUUGGGAAAGAGCUUGGGGCCCGGGAAGACCACAGCUUGGCUGCAGCCCCGGUCACCUCCAGGCAUCUCCACCGAGGGCUUACCCUGGGACUGCUUCAAUGAGCAGACAGCAGCUAAAGACCUCCCCAACAGGGAUGGAGGUUCCUGGGUCCUGGGCUACAGAGCAGGAUCGACUUAUCCAUUUCUGCUCCACGAGGAGAGAGAGAAACCAAACAGAAGUGAACUGUACUUGGAGCUUCAUCCUGACCACAGCCCCACAGAGCAGGACGAUAGGACUCCUGGCAGACUCCAAGCUAUCUGGCCACCACCAAAGACAAAAGACGCAGAAGAAAAAGUGGGAUUGAAGUACACUGAAGCAGAAUACCAAGCUGCUAUCUUACACUUGAAGAGGGAGCACAAAGAAGAAAUUGAAAACCUGCAGGCUCAGUUUGAACUUCAGACCUUUCACAUCCGGGGGGAGCAUGCAGAGAGCACAGCGAGACUAGAAGAAACCAUUGAAAAUCUCAAACAGGAGAUCGAACACCGAUGGAGAAGAGGAUGCGAAGAGAUGAGAGAUGUGUGUAUCUCCACCCACGAUGACUGCCCUCCAAAGACCUACAGGAAUGUGUGCAUCCAGACAGACAGAGAGACUUUCCUCAAACCCUGUGAAGCCGAAGGCAAGACAACCAGGAGUAACCAAAUCAUACCCAAAAAGCUGAAUAUCUCUUCGUUAAGCCAACUCUCUCCCCCAAAUGACAGCAAAGAUGUCCAUGUACCACUUCCGUCUGUGGAAGGCACCUUAUCCAGUCAGCAGAAGGCAUCGUCUCCCCCUCCUGCACCACCCCUACCUGCAGCGAUCCCACCUCCUCCUCCGCUCCCACCUGGAUCUGAACCUUUGCCACCAGCGCCUCCCCCACCACCACCACCACCACCUCCUCUGCCUCCGAGUGCUGGGCCGCCCCCUCCUCCUCCCCCACCACCACUUCCUAACUUCCCUGUGCCCCCCAGUAGUGGGGGGCCUCCUCCUCCUCCAACACCCCCAGGACUUGCACCCCCACCUCCUCCGGGACUCUUCUUUGGAGUGGGUCCUUCGAGUCAAUGUCCUCGGAAACCAGCCAUUGAGCCCAGUUGUCCCAUGAAGCCUUUGUACUGGACUAGAAUACAGAUAAGUGAUAAGAGCCAAAAUGCAACACCUACCCUAUGGGAGUCAUUAGAAGAACCUGAUAUUCGGGAUACUAGUGAAUUUGAAUAUUUAUUCUCCAAAGACACAACUCAGCAGAAGAAAAAACCUCUGUCAGAGACCUUUGAGAAAAAAAACAAGGUCAAAAAGAUCAUCAAGUUAUUGGAUGGAAAACGAUCUCAAACUGUGGGCAUCUUGAUAUCUAGUUUGCAUUUGGAAAUGAAGGAUAUCCAACAGGCCAUUUUCAAUGUGGAUGACUCUGUGGUGGAUCUGGAAACCCUGGCAGCCUUAUAUGAAAAUCGAGCCCAAGACGAUGAAUUGGUUAAAAUAAGAAAGUAUUAUGAAACAUCCAAAGAAGAGGAGGUGAAGCUGCUGGAUAAACCUGAGCAAUUCUUACAUGAGUUAGCCCAGAUCCCUAAUUUUGCUGAACGUGCCCAGUGCAUAAUCUUCAGAUCUGUCUUUUCUGAAGGGAUCACCUCCUUGCACCGAAAGGUAGAAAUCAUCACACGAGCUUCUAAGGGCUUGCUGCACAUGAAGAGUGUGAAGGACAUUUUAGCUCUUAUUCUGGCUUUUGGAAAUUAUAUGAAUGGAGGAAAUAGAACUCGGGGACAAGCAGAUGGAUAUAGCUUAGAAAUUCUGCCCAAACUCAAGGACGUCAAAAGUCGGGAUAAUGGAAUUAAUCUGGUGGACUACGUCGUGAAAUAUUACCUGCGUUACUAUGAUCAGGAGGCAGGAACUGAAAAGAGUGUUUUCCCCCUGCCUGAACCACAGGAUUUCUUUCUGGCCUCCCAAGUCAAGUUUGAAGACCUCAUAAAAGAUUUGCGAAAACUGAAGAGGCAACUGGAAGCAAGUGAGAAACAGAUGGCUGUGGUGUGUAAGGAGUCGCCAAGGGAGUACCUCCAGCCUUUCAAGGACAAACUAGAAGAGUUCUUCCAGAAAGCCCAAAAAGAGCAUAAGAUGGAAGAAAGUCACUUGGAGAAUGCCCAGAAAAGUUUUGAAGCAACAGUAGGCUAUUUUGGGAUGAAGCCAAAGUCUGGUGAGAAGGAGAUCACUCCCAACUACGUGUUUAUGGUGUGGUACGAGUUCUGCAGUGACUUCAAGACGAUUUGGAAACGGGAGAGUAAAAGCAUAUCUAAAGAAAGAUUGAAGAUGGCUCAGGAAUCGGUCAGCAAGUUGACAUCGGAGAAGAAAGUAGAGACAAAGAAAAUCAACCCCACAGCUAGUCUGAAAGAAAGACUGCGUCAGAAGGAAGCCAGCGUGGCCAUCAACUAAAACAAAGACACCUGAAAAUGAAGACAGGAGCAGCAAGUACCUUGCCUGAUCUUUUGCAACACCAGGGAAGUGCUAUGGGAAGUUCUUGAAUGAUGCCCAUUGCUAAACGUUUGUUAUGCUAAUCUCAUCCUGAGGUCAUCUGCAAUGAAUGGCUCUUGCCUUCUUCAACAAGUCACUUACUAACCCACAGAAACCAUGAAAAGCUGCUUCCGGGACAUUGCAGGAUUUGAUAACUAUCUCUUGUAGAAGUCCAGAGCCCUCUCGAAGGCCAGAAGAAUUAUCAAAAUUUCCUCCCCGCCCAAACUUUUUAAGUGGAGAUUUCAAGCCUUUGAACCAUAUACUUGAUAUAUGUAAACUUAAGGCAGAAGAAGACAAGGAUCUUUCAUGACAACUGCAAACUCGAGCCUUUGUCUGUACACACUGCUGGUUUGAUUAUUAUUCUUGAUUUUUUAUUCUAUUGUAGUAAGAUCCUGAAGUGUCUAUCGCACCAAAAAUGUUGCAACCUGCCCAAGCUAUUUUUUAAGAGGUCUCAGACCCUGUAUUUCCCAGACUAGAGAAAUGGCUGUUUUGUUGCUGUUCAGGUAAUGAGAGUGAGGGAAAAUCCAAUGUACCUGUUCAUUGUGGCCUUCUGGACCAGCAGGGAUUCUGCACCCCAACUCCCAGAAGAAACACUGAUACUCAAAUAGGAACAGAGUUGGGGUCAGAGCACCUGCUUGGACAAGAAUGACCCAGUAACAGAGCACAUGUCACAUCACUUGUGAGUGGAUAAAUGUGUUCUGGGGCUGUGUGGGUCUAGACCCCUCCUGCCCCUCACAAUCCCCGGUUCCCCCUGAAGGUGGUUUCCAGACAGAGCAAGUGGUGCUUGCAGCCUUUUAUCAAGAUCAGCAGGCGUGUGAUACAAGGUUAAACAGAAGCCUUUGACAUUGAAAAUGUUUAUUACAUCAAAAUGAAAUUGUGAUUGCAUUAAUAUUAGAUGUUGAGUGGAAUGUCAUGCUUUUUCUGACCCUGGGAACUCAGUGUUGCCUGAGUCACAAGGAAGGCCACCCUGAACCUCUCUCCCUGACACUUUUUCCUAAGCCACCACUCUUCGAAUCUGCAUUAUGAGGGGGGAAGUGAAAGGAUUGAGGGUGAAUUGAAAAUAGGAUCCAAAGCCAUCAUGCUUCCACCUUAAAGGGAGAGAGGUCCAGCUGGUGGAGACUGCGCUAGACAGGAACAGCCCCAGUUUCUUGAGUGGCCACACCUUGCUGCAACAUCUUGAAAAGUUGCACUUUUCAGCUUGCCGGGUGCCUGAAUGUCACCCGGGACAUGUCUGCCAGUCCUCAGGCCCCUCAGGGACCCCAAUAAGUCAGCUAAUGAGGUAGCACCAUAUCCUAAUAAAAUGCCCAUCUUGGGAGUCAAGAAUGCACAAUCAGGAUCAAAACAAGUCUCAGAAGCCAUAUUCAUGAAGGUGCUAGCCACCCUUUCUAACAAUCUAAAAGAAAGGCUAUGGUAACUUGGUUGGUUGGUGGUGUGUUUUGUUCUGAAUUCAAAAUUAAAGAGAAAAGCAAAAUAGAAAAGCUGGUAAAGAACUAGGUGACUAAAAGUUACUUGUGAGUAGGCAGCUUUCGUACUGCUCUCUCUUCAUUUUUAUUGAACUCUGAAGAUAUCCAAGAGAUCUCAUCCACUGAAGACAAAUUUCACUUCAAGUGACCCUGUGCCCUGUGAUGUUACCUCUAGCUUCAUCACACAAAAGAAAAGUACCUGUUUUGGCCCACACCUUGGGAAUCAACUUUGAGUUCAAUGAGAUCACAUUCACCUGGAUCCUUGUGGUCCUCACAGACUUGGAGGAAGCAGUUAGCGGGUCACUGUUGUCCGUAUCAGGUCUCUAAGUCUUAGGAUGCUCCCAAGAAAGGCACUGAAGGUAGCAGGACCAGCACAUAACCCUGAACAGACAUGCUCUCAGGCACCCAGUGGUGAAGAGGAAUAUGUGGAAUCAUUUCAUUUCAGAGGUAGACAGUUGCAGCUCAAGUUGCAUUUCAUUGUACUAACAGACUAGAAAUUGGCAGUAAAAUACCUACUUAGAAAGAAUGAAAUCUGCCUCCAUUGGAAAAGCCCGGAGGCUUCUUCACACCGGUCAAGUACUAAGUGUACUUAGACACCAUAGCGGCCCUUGUUCUUCUCAACCUUUGUGAACCCCGUUUUAUGUCUCCCCAUGUGCACAUAUAUACCCCAUUGGCAACACAGCCUUCCUUUCUAACUUACAUUGAUACACAGUAAAGGUUCACAAAAAUUCAAUUAAGAUGGUAUCUGAAACAAUCUGGAAGUGUAUUAUCGAUAAAGAUUUGCCUGGUGGCCUGGGAUUGUAGAUUAUGCUGCCUGCAUUGAGGGAGGUUUUUUUUGUUUUAAUUAUAUUCUUGCCUUCUCUCACAUUAUAUUUCCCCAUUUCUAUUUCUACUUCUCCCUUGUCUGGUGUCUUCGGUGCGGGUCGCUGCAUCCAGCAGUGCAGCAAACAGCGCUGAGUCAGAGUCCGAAGGGGAAUGAGCCACAUAGCCUUACAGUCUGUGUCUAGUCACCAGACUGUGCUGACAGGGGAGCCUCUUCCUUCUCUGACAUCCUAGGUCUACUCAGUUGCACUCUGACCCUCCCAAAGCAGGGAUAAAGCCAAUUUGUGUCAAGGAGAGGGAAGAAGUCCAAAAGAUACCAUCGUUUCGUAAAUAUCUGAUCCAAAUAUCAAGUGUAUGGCUUUAUAAAGUCAUUUAAAUUUUCUUUAAAAAUUGCUAGCAAGAACUGUCAGUUAGAUUUGAGCUUCAUUUUUCUUUGAUACUGCCUGUUCUAAGCAGAAAAAAAAAAAUAUGGCCAAAAGCUGAAAGGGAAAAGAAAAAACAUCAGAUUUGGUCGUCCCCAAUAAAAUGGAGAUGCUGUGAAAUCCAGUGUUGUAGAAGUUUUUAACAGAAGAAUUUGAACAGCUCUGAGGGCUGAGGAUUGUGGACAAAGUAUGAGUUUUUUCACGAUCACUUGAGACUUGAGCCAAACCAGGCAAUUUUUAGAGUAUGAAUUUGAAAGCGUCUUCAAAGAUUACCCUAAAUGGUUUAUUUUUUAAAAAGCUCCAUGCAAUGAGAAGGGGUGUAAUAUAGUAGAAGAACUAGACCAUUAAAAUUUACUUACGCUGAAUUCCCUCCAAAGGACAAUUUAUAAAUAUGUGGAAUAUCCAGAAGACGUGAAUAGCACAUUUCAUAUAUUAAGUAUUUUACCUUCAAGAAAGCCUAAAGACAUGGAAGAGAGUGGAUUUAAUUAAGAAAUGCACUUGAUUCAUGUCAGCUACUUUGUUGUCAUAAAAAAUCUGCAGCACAAAAUGAGUCUGUGGCAAAACUAAUAGUAUUUUUAAAUAAUGGAUAGCUUUUAGCCUUUCCAAAAUGCAAAUAGCUUGUUGGAUGUGUUUCCAUUUUCCAGCUAUAGAGAGAAACAACCCAGCUGCUUGGAAACUUUUCUACUAUUGGUACAGAAAUGACUAAAAGACAAGCACCUUCAGAAACAGGCCUCAGCAGGUCUGGCUCCAUCAGACUCACAUAACAGUAUUUAUGACUCCAUUAGCAAUUGAAUCCAGGCAUAACGAGGCUCAGUUACACAGCUGUAUGUGACCAAGAGGCCCAUUUUGUGUCCUUUCUGCACACCCGUCAGUUGUUGACACCUUGUUAGAGGCACUGAAUGUUAGUUUCACAAUUCUUCAUUUCCCCUCCCAAGGAGUGGGCAAUCUACCAAACUCUCCCAGAUCAACACUUUGCUGGGAAGCAGUGAAUUCAAAGAGUCUUACUUGUCAAACUUGAAGCCAGUUCAGUAGCCUCGUUUGGUCCAAGACUCUUAAUCGACGCGGUGAUAGAAAUUUAGCAUUUGGGAAAUUUGUGUAGUUAAUAACUUACUGGGAAAUAGCAGCUCGCUCACUCAGCUCUGAAGCCCCCGAGCAGUUUCUACCAGUGGAGCCAUUAGGGAAGCUUAGCAGGACGUGCAUCUUCAAAUGGAGCUGGUUGGACCCAUUGCCCCUCUAUUCCCCACCACCCUGGUUAUAGCCAGUAUCUUGGAGGCCCCUGUCCGCCUUCAACUUUCCCUCUUUAGUAUGUAUGAUGGUCCACUGCAGUCAAGAGCUCAAAUGAAUUCCAGACUUUCUUGCAUGUUACAUCAAUGAAGUACUUGUCCACAGGAUCUUCUUCAUCCUAAGAUCUGAGAAAGACUGAAUUCAUCCCAGGUUUUUAUAAGAAGGUGGUAACUCAUUUAUUUAUUAUUCUACGUUCCAUCUAUAUUUAUAUAACUUUCUGGGGUUUUUUUUUUAAUCUCAUAGAUACUAAGACUCUCCAGUUUCCUUUCUAAAAGCUGAUCCAGAUACUUCUGUGAGCUAUUCUUUUUAUGCUUUGUAUGACAUUUGAUAGUGUUGGGCUAGCAGCAUGCAAAUGAGUCCAUCGUUUCUGCCAAACUCACCUCCAAAGAAUUUGGAAACCUUCCCUAUGUAGUAAACAUCCUUCUCGCAAACUUGGGUUGUCUUGCAGACUGGAUAUUUCCCUAAAUUCUACCUGUGCAGAGACCAAGGGAAUCUCUGGCGUCAAAGACAAUCUUUCUCCCCAUGUAUGGUGUGAGCUGCCAAUGCAUAAUCUUAUACUUAACGUAUCAAGAAAGAAAUCAAAUGUUUUCAGGCACGUUUCACAGUGGUUUGUCAAUGUCUUUGGCAGAGUUGCCUUUACUUUCCUUUAUUGUUCUCUUCCAGGGUUUGUUUCCAUUCUUGUCUCAUGAAAGAAAUUAUUUUUAUUGUUCAUUUUGGUCUGUUUUCCAAGUCAACCUUUCCAAAACAAAAGGCUAAACCACUGGAUAUAAAGGGAAAUCACCCUCCACCCCCCACGCCCCCCUAGAUGUGGAUGAUGGGUGUAUUCAGGAAUGAGCAGCUCUGAGAAGUCUUGGGGUGCAUUUUGAAUUCCAGGUUUACUUCUAUGAUUAGUAUCUAAGUGGGGUAUAUCAUGUGGAAAUUGUACUGUUCUUUCCAAUAAGAGACUAGGAGGAGAUUCAAAAUCUUUUAAUUUGAAUCUAUAAAUAAAUAGCCCAUUUUUUCCCCAUUUUUCUUGGCCACUUGUCCCUAAUUACAAUCUUUCUUCUUCGCCUCUGACACCAAGCCAUCAAGAGGGUGGUCUCAGCCCCACUGAUAUUACACUCUGGAUAAUCCCCCGAAGACAUCCAUUUCUUUUGGAAAUAAAUCCAUGAAUGAGAGGGAAAGUUUAGUUACAAUUUUCCUGUCCGCCCAGGGUGAAGAAUAGGAUCUGGAGGGAUAGAUGUAUUUCAAAUCAUUACUUUUACAAUAAUCCUGCCAUAAUUUUAUUCUGCUAUUUACAUAAUUCUGAAAUUCUUUGACUUCCCAAGAUAAGCAGUGUGACUCUACUGUAAAUGAGAUAAUCUUUGAAGAUUGUAUGCAUUAAGGGAAAAAAAAAAAAAACUUCCCCUUAAAGAAGCAAUAUAAGAUACUCCUUAAAGGCAGAAACUUUUUAAAUUAGAAAUCGAGCAUUUUUUAAGAUUCCUAGAGAAAAUAUGUCAUUGAUUCAUUGUAGUCUUUUCCUUUCAUUGACUUUUAAUUUAGAUUAGCGUGGGACGCCCGGUGCCCUUGGACUUGGAUUUAGGGGGAUCGUGCUUUGGCCUGGAAAAUAAGCACUGGCCUGCAUGCCCACAACCUAAGUGAAAUCAGUCCGAAUCCUAAUAGGAAUCAGGCCUAAUAGAAAUGUGAAUUAUUUCAAGUCCUUUAGGGCUUAAUUUUCUCAGUGACCCUCAGUUCUACUUCCUACCACGUAUUCUUCCCGUGCAAUGACAUCUCUUCAUUGUGCCCUGUGAGACGGCAAGCGAUGGAAUGCAGUUGACAGGGGAGGAGACUUCCAAAGAGGCCAGCGAUAUUUUACUGAAAUAGCAUGUUGCUAGGGAGCGGAUGCUUUUUGCCAUGGUUCUAGCAUAGACAGCCUUCCGAUGGAAACUCAAGAACUCUGUUAGGCAGAUGGGAAAGCCCAGCGUCUCGUUAUCGGUCAGUGCCUGACCGUGUGCUGCAAAAGCAGGAACCCCAGUGGCACUGGCCUGUGCUUGCUUUAAUAACUCCAUUAAAGUUCAAGUUCAUUUCCAUGGGGUGAGCUGUCUGGACCUUCCUGUUUUUUUCUAUGCGUGUCCAAAAGUUAUCUUGGCAUCUUGCUUCCUUUUUUCUCCUUUGCAUACUUACUGCUUCCAUCUCCCCUUGCUUCACACCCCACAGCUAUUUUUUCCCCACUUUACCUUUACAGUUUCUCCUGGACCCAACUUCCUCCCUCCCUCACAGACAGCCCAGUGUCUCCCUCAGCCCUCACUCCCUCUCUCACACCCGUUCCCCAGCCCUUUGGAUGGGACGCUUCGCUGUCACCGAGACACAGCACUGUGACUGCCUCUUGUUAAUGUCAGCAUCACCUCAUCACUUAGGCGAAGGGGAAAAUCCAUAAAAGAAAUGGAAAAUACAUUUCUCAUUUCAUGGUACUUUAUUUUAAGAAGGUUGAGGGGAGGGUUGUUCUAGUCCUCCUCGAUUUCUCAUAGAUUUUACUUUAAAACUGUCUAAUUAGGGGCCAUUCGCUUGACAAAUUAUAAAUCAGUCCAGGUCACCAGCUAUGAUGCAUGGGAUUAAAUUUUUGAAUCUCAAGUAACUUUUCUUUGCUGCUGGACAAAUCAACUGACUUCUGUGCAAACAUUUUGAAUCAGGCUUUUUUAAUGGCCACUCCAAUCUUCUUCUUCGUGAUUUGAGCAUCCACCACAGUCUGAAUCAGGUUAUUGACAAUUUGUGGUUCAGAUCAACAAUAAUUGUUACACUCUUGAAAGCGGUUAAAAAGGAAGUGUGUGUCCUGAACAGUCAACCAUUUGACCUAGAAAAAUGUUGACUUUUCUGUUCAAUUAAGUAUUAGACCUAUCUAACAUGUAAUCUUGAAGGAUUUUAAGCAAUAAUGAAGUCAGUUUGAGAAACAGAAGACAUUUUCAAGACAUGAAACCUUACAUUACAUGCUCUUGGAUAUAUUUUAUUGUAAAAGCUAUUUGGAUUCAGGUAUUUUUUUCCCUUUAAAC